UGUGGAAAAAUUAAAAAAAAAAACUUGUCGCGGCGUCGCCAUCUUGUAACUAUAUUAUAUUAUUCCUUCGUGUUCAUCUUGCUAGUGUCUUUUCAAUUUUGUUUUAAAUAUCUGCAUUGUUCUACAUUUUUCCUGUUGUAUAAGAAAAUUAUUUUAACAUAAACUUUAAAAUGGUUGACCGUAUCGAUAUGGCUUUAGACGACAUAAUAAAAGCUAGUAAAAAGGGCAGAGGUGGAGGUGGUGCAGGGAGAAAAUUUGAUUCAAAUAGAAGACCUGGCCGUGGAAAUUUCCGUAAUGGUCGCCCUGGUGGUGUGCUACGGGGCAGGAAUCGCGGCAGCAUAACCAAACCAACGAAUUAUACUAGGGGUGAUGUAAACAGCACAUGGAAACAUGACAUGUUCAGUGACUUUGGUGACAAGAAGAUUCAAAGAAGUGGUCCUAUCACAACUGGUCCUACAAAGUUGUUAGUCUCUAAUUUGGACUUUGGGGUCUCAGAUUCUGAUAUUCAAGAACUUUUUUCGGAGUUUGGCAUUCUUAAAAGUGCUGCUGUUCAUUAUGAUAGAUCUGGUAGAUCUUUGGGAACUGCUGAUGUUGUUUUCGAAAGAAGAGCAGAUGCUUUAAAGGCUAUGAAACAAUACAAUGGAGUACCAUUAGAUGGACGGGCAAUGAACAUACAAUUGGCUACAUCAGAAAUUAGUGGCUUCCGAAAUGAAGAUAGAGGUCGAAUGGGUGGUGGAGGUGGCCCAAUGAGGCGAAAUUUAAAUAGAGGUGCUGGAGGGAAUAGACCAAGCCAAAGUGGUGGCAGUGGUGGUCGUGGAGGAGGAGGUGCACGUAGAGGGCGCGGUGGGGCCGGUCGUGGCAAACGUCCUGUUCCCACUGCUGAACAAUUGGACGCAGAGCUUGAUGCCUAUGUUAAAGAAAUUAAGUGAAGUGAAAGAUCUUUUUAGUGGAAGUGUAAGGACACUUGGAAAUGCAUCAGUAUAUUAUUAAAAGAACACUUGGUGCAAUUGACGAAUAAUUUGAUGUGUACCUUUGUAUACAUUAGGAAUAUUUCAUGUUUUUGACAUCAAAUUGCUGCCAAGACUUGUUAUAAAAUAUAAUUUGUAAUAAAUAGCAAUUUGAUAAAGA